AUGUUUGCUGAUCCACUGAAAGAUGACAUUCAGAGCUGCCAGGAUAAACAUGAGGAGGACAUCCCAAAUCGUUCCCCGUUUGACUUUGUUAUAAAACAAUUCCAAGGGAAGAGGUCUUCUCCCGGAAAAAGAAAAGAGCAGCCUUCAGCCAUCAAAAAGUUGUUCAGGGGCUUUGACUUCGGGAAAUCUGAAGGCAAGGGUGGAAGGGAAAUUUAAGAAACAGAAAUAAACAGCUCUGGAGCUGAUGAUCAGAGUGAGAAGCAAGAUGUCUCUGUAGGAGGUGGGCUUUCACAUCUCACUUCUGAAGCGGAGUCACCAUCUGGUGAGCAGAGAUUUGACCAGUUCAUGCAGAACCUGGGAAAGAAACCCUUUAGCAAGAAUCUGGAUCUAGACAAUUGUGCGUUAAGUGCAGCAGAUGUUACAGUGCUGGCUUCUUUAAUGUCGUUUCUCCCCGAGCUGGAAGAGAUCAGCCUAUCCUGGAAUCGUUGUGUUGGUGGGACUUUGAAAGCUCUCACUAUUCAUCUUCAUCAUGUGAACCUGUUAAAAGUCCUUCGACUUACCAGCUGCAGGCUGGCAGCUGAGGAUGUCACCUCCUUAGACUCUGCUUUACAGCACCCUUCAGAGCUCAGAAAAUUAGAUAUAUUGUGUAACAAAGGGAUUGGUUGUGGCUUUAAAGACCCAACAGCUCACUUGGCCAGCUUGAAAAAUCCCCAAGUCCCUGAUCUCCACCAGUGCUGUGUAACAGAAGAGGACAUGACCAUCCUGUCUCAGGUGGUACCUUUACUCUCCAGUCUUCAAGAGCUAAAUUUAUCCUCGAAUUAAAAUGUAGGAUUCUUACCCAAUCCUCUUCUGGGCUGGCUCAGGUCUUUACCAAAGCCGAAAUCUCUGGCCAUCAGCAAUUGUGGUUUCGCAGAGUCAUUUUCAUCACGAGCUGAGGCUGCCCUUCACCUUCCUGAACUGGAGAUAUUAGACCUUUCUUGGAAUAAGUGCGUUGGUGGGAACCUAAAGCUGCUUUUGGGAGCGCUAAAGCUUGCAGCGGAGAUUCAAGUGUUAAGACUGAGCAGCUGUAACUUGGUGGCUGAAGAUUUGGCACUUCUAAGUACGUAUAACAGGCGCAUUAAGGAAACUUCAGUAUCAUCGCCCAAAGUGCCAAGUGGGAGCGAGAUCCAUACCCUGGAUGCAGAUGUAGUGGCAGCACUACCUGGAGGUGGAGCUCUUGGAAGAGCUGGGUCUCCGUGA